UGGAAUUAUAGUAUAGUAUUUUCCAUUCAGUGCCGCCUGGUCACACCGCGAAGCAUUUACAAAUAAAUUCCCUGGUUGUGUGUAGUUGUUCUUUUUUUUUCGUUCCGUUACAUAGCACGCUAAAAUAAAUAUCCGAAAGUUCGAGAUCAGCCGAUUCCAGAAUGCUUUCGCUGCAGAACCAACGGCAACCGAAAACCACACCUCUGGUGGACGAGUACGAGAUCUCGGACACGGUACUGGGCCUGGGGAUCAAUGGAAAGGUGGUGCAGUGCACCCACCGCCGCUCCAAACAGAACUAUGCCCUCAAGGUGCUGCUGGACAAUGAGAAGGCGCGUCGCGAGGUGGAUCUGCAUUGGCGACUCAGCGGAUGCCGGCACAUUGUGAACAUCAUCGAUGUGUACGAGAACACCUAUAGCGGCAGGAAGUGCCUUCUGGUGGUCAUGGAGUGCAUGGAGGGCGGCGAACUCUUCCAGAGGAUCCAGGACAAGGCCGAUGGCGCCUUCACGGAACGGGAGGCGGCCCAGAUAAUGCACGAGAUCUGCUCGGCGGUAGACUAUCUGCACAGUCGCGACAUUGCACAUCGCGAUCUCAAGCCGGAGAACUUGCUGUACACCACCUCUCAGCCGAAUGCGAUCCUAAAACUGACGGACUUUGGCUUCGCCAAGGAGACAUUCAGCAAUGACAAGCUGCAGACGCCCUGCUACACUCCUUAUUACGUGGCUCCCGAGGUCCUGGGCCCGGAGAAGUACGACAAGAGCUGCGACAUCUGGUCGCUGGGCGUGGUGAUGUACAUCAUAAUGUGCGGAUUCCCGCCGUUCUACAGCAACCAUGGCCUGGCCAUUUCGCCCGGCAUGAAGAAGCGCAUUCGCACCGGCCAGUAUGACUUUCCCGAUCCGGAGUGGACGAAUGUGAGCCCGGCGGCAAAGGACCUGAUCAAGGGCAUGCUGAACGUGGAUCCCAGCAAGCGUCUGCGCAUCCAGGACGUCAUUCGCAACAACUGGAUUGCCCAGUACAAUGCCGUACCACAGACACCGCUCUGCACGGGUCGCAUGCUGAAGGAGAGCGAGGAAACCUGGCCGGAGGUGCAGGAGGAGAUGAUGCGCUCGCUGGCCACUAUGCGCGUGGACUACGAUCAGAUGCAAAUCAAGGCGCUGGACAAGUCGAACAAUCCGCUGCUGACGAAGCGCAGGAAAAAGAUCGAGGAGAUGGAGAUAUAUGCGGCCAAUGCGACGCGCAACUAAACGACGAGGCAGCCAGAGCGACUAACACGGCCAAUCCGGGAGUGAGAUGGGCGUAGGACGUAGGAUGGGUGAACCAUCGGACUAACACUUAAGCGGAUAACAAUGUUGUACAAUGCUUUACAAGAACGAUAAAUACUUCUAUACUACGACGACGGCAGCACCUGCUAUUAACUACUACGAUAAUAACAACCUCUGCAAAAGAACUACAACUACAACUACAACUACUCCAUGUUAUAUUACGUUACGUUUUCUUAUUCAUUUUAUGCCCAUUAUCUAUGUAUAAUCCAUUUUCAGUAAACGGGUUCUUAGGGUAUUUUGUAGUCUGAAAAGUGCUCUUUUGUAAAAGAAACUAAAAGCGUAAUGCGUAAAUAACAAACUUAAGUAAAGCCAAGUGCAAGCCUAGCUAGCCAGCCGAAUAUUCAAAAUGCCUCGGUAUCGCGUGAAAGUGUUUCGUUUUUCGAUAAAACUUUUUUUCAAAACGUGUCAUUUGUAACCGAACUAUUUUUUUUACGUGUACGUGACUUUGAUUAUAAUUAUAUAUGUAUAUGUAUAACCGUGUGUAUAUGUAUGUAUGGUAUAUGUGUGGAGAAACAAUUAUACAGCCAGUUGACGUUAGCAUUAAUCUGCGAAAGAUUCAAUGUUGGUUAUAACUUUUAUUUGCUGAUUCUGCAAGCGAUAUACCAUUUUACCGUAUAGCGUAUUUGUAGUCCAUAAACAACAAGAUCCCCACAAAUAAAUAAAAACAAAUCAAGCUUAUUUUACUAUGAUUAAA